GGCAGGGUGUGAUUAGGGGGAGUCAGUAAAUAGCUCUUGAGCAACACACAGGACGGGGGGCAGAUCUGUAAGGCAAAGAAUGUCCCUUCUCUCCCCAAUAAAAGUUGCUUCUCUCAGGCCCAGCUCUGGGCACAUGAAACAGCCCGAAAUGCCCAUAAAUUCCUGCGAGUAACGAGCCCGUGUGUCUGUGGGAGGUGGAAGCGUCUUGUCCCAGCGGGAGACGCGCGAGGCAUCCGGAGCCUUUCCCAGGCGGCGCGCUGUAACCUGAGCCGAGGGACGAGUUUGUGGCAACACGUGAGCGAUCUGACCGCUGCCUGGAGCGACUACUCGUGCGCUUUGUGCGGAGCCCGGGCUGCCACAUCAGUCUCUUCUUCCAGCUCCAAACAAUGCCAACUGCUCUCCUGCUGCUGCUGCUCGCUGCCUGCUGCUGGCACGUCCACUGCUCCCCCAACUGUCACCCUGGGGACCGGGCACUGGGGAGGUGUAUGCCGACGGCAGAAGAAAGAGGAACAUGCGUGGACAACAUACUGGGCUACUGCAAUGACUUGCCCUAUUCCAAAACCAUGUUUCCAAAUGCUCUAGAUCAGCAGUCAAGAGGCGAGAUAGAAUUCAGCGCGGAGUACAUUCUACUAAGUGUCAUCCACAACUUGCUGCAAGGGGAAUGCAAUCCUGACCUGCGCAUUGUGGGUUGCGCCGUCCUUGCACCGCGCUGCGAGAAGAACAAGAUGGUGAAGCCAUGUCGCAGGGUGUGCGAGACGCUGAAGAAGAAUUGCCUGCCUGCUUUCAAUGCAAUCGACAUGGCUUGGCCGUACUUUCUGGACUGUGAUCGUUUCUUUGUGGGAGGGGAAGAGGAGUGCCAUGACCCACUGGAGAAACUGAGAGCCAAUAUAGAAAUAACUUCCGAGGACCUCCUUCCUGAAACUCCCAGCACUUUCAUUCAGUUCGUUCACCACAGCUACUCGGAGAUGGUCCGCGUUUUGAAGAAGACGGCAGCGAAGUGCUCUCAGGUCUCAAAAACCUACAGCCUUGGGCGCAGCUACGAAGGGAAGGAGCUUCUUGUGAUUGAGUUUUCAGCUAACCCUGGUCAACAUAAAGCAAUGACGCCUGAGUUCAGGUAUAUCGGCAACAUGCAUGGGAACGAAGUGGCGGGCAGAGAAUUGCUGAUCUACCUGGCGCAGUUCUUGUGCUCCGAAUAUCUUCUCGGAAACUCACGGAUCCAGACGCUGAUCAAUACGACUCGAAUUCACCUUCUACCGUCGAUGAAUCCAGAUGGCUACGAGCAUGCGGCAGAAGAGGGAGCAGGGUACAAUGGGUGGACCAAUGGGAGACUAAAUGCCCAGAACAUUGAUCUGAACCGUAAUUUCCCUGAUUUGACAUCGGAAGCUCACAAGAUAAUCAGGAUGCCAUUGGCACGACUUGAUCACAUGCCCAUUCCAGAGUCAUACUGGGAUAAUAAGAUCGCACCUGAGACCAAAGCUGUUAUGAAGUGGUCGAGAUCCAUACCGUUCGUCAUUUCUGGCAGUCUCCAUGGAGGGGACCUGGUAGUCAGUUACCCAUACGACUUCUCUCGACACCCGCUGGAAGAGAAGAUGUUCUCUCCUACUCCAGACGAGAAGGUGUUCCAGAUGCUCGCUAAAACAUAUGUUGCCGCCCACCCCGUAAUGUCCGACAAGUCGACCGGCAGAUGCGGAGGAAAUUUCAAUAGUAAAGGUGGCAUAAUAAAUGGAGCAGAGUGGUACAGCUUCAGCGGGGGCAUGGCGGAUUUCAGUUAUCUUCACACAAAUUGUUUUGAACUUACCUUAGAACUAGGAUGUGAAAAAUUCCCCACUGAGGACGAACUGUACUCCAUCUGGCAGAACAACAAAGAGGCGAUGCUGAGUUUAAUUGAAAUGGUCCAUCGUGGGAUCAAAGGUAUUGUGAAGGAUGAACAUGGAAAUCCAAUUAAGAAGGCUCGAAUCUCUGUGAGAGGAAUUCGGCAUGACAUCACCACAGGUGAAGAUGGAGACUAUUUCCGGCUUUUGAUUCCCGGAUCAUACAUUGUUUCUGCUGAAGCCUUCGGAUACUCCAAAGUAACCAAAAAAAUAACCCUCCCUGCUAAAAUGUUAAAAGCUGGGCAUGUGGACUUUGUCUUAAAGCGGGUUGAAGUUCGAAAUCGCAAAUUUCCUAAAGUUAUUCCCGAGGACAUAUAUGAACGAUUUGACCCAUUGGACCGUUUUAACCCCCACGCUCAGCAUGAGGGGGCAGAGCCAAGCGAAGGAGAAGAAGCGUCUUCGCGGAAUGGGGAAAAACCGUGGUGGUGGUCCUAUUUCAGCAUGCUGGGUCAUAACAGGCCAUCAUGGCUUCUGAAAAAUGAGGAAAAUUAAAGUGUAUUAACCAUUGAUUUCUAUUAAAGGACAAUAAAAGGCAAAUUCUCUGGGAAGUGCCAAUAUUUUUUUUUUUUUUUUUGGUGCAUCAAAAUUUUGGGGGUUGCAUUUGUCAUAGCUAAAGCUGAGCGUACACUAAAAGAUCUUGCCAAAAAAAAGUAGAUCUUUCCUUGAUUUGACCACAGUGGGCUGAUCAAAUUGUUUGUCCCUGGGUCAACAAUGAAAUCAUAAUUGGGAACUGCUGGGAAAGGAUUGUAUCAGUGGUAUCUUUGAAGGACAAGGAAACUUCAGGUCAUGGGUGGGAGGCCAGUUUGUUUGGCGCCCAGUAGUGAGUACAAAUGCUUGUGUUGCAGGGCAGUGCGCCAUUUCUAUAAAAUAUGCACUGUCCCUGGGUACUUGGCUAGAGAGCAAAGCACCCCCCUUUUUCUUUUCUCAGGUAGUUCUUGUUCUGUUUUGGGUAGGACUAUGCUCAGUAUAUUGUAACAUACGGUAGCAAGAAUUGUUGUACUGUGUGUAGAUCCAGCCUAAGCCCAUACCCAAGCCAAGGACUAUCUGGGAAAGGAUGCAAAUGGCAGCAAGUCACUCGGCCCGAUACAAAGUGCAGUUUAUUUAGAGUAGCCGCUCUGUUCCCAUACAGAUGUUAAGCCUUUUGCCUUAAUCUUUCAUUUGCUCGUUCUAUAAACCUGCAUGAAUCUUUGGCUAUAGGAUUGGUCUCCAACAUGACCCAAUAAGUUCAAGUGUCCAUACAGGGACAGAUUUAAUUUGCCAAUUUGGUCCCUUAAAGGAGAAACAAACCCGUAACAUAAAAAACCCCUAGACCCCCCUCUCUCCUCCCCCCCAUCUUAGGUGGUACCUGGAGCAAAUGCCCCUAACUUUUUACUUACCACUCUGUGAAAAUUUUUCGUGACUUUCGGUGCAUGCACAGUUGUUCACAUGUACUCCUAGUGCACAUGUGCCGAAAACGGAGGUCUGUUUCCGAAGUUUAACAAAGAAAAGAAUGUGGCUGCCGUGAACUGCGGGGGACAGAAUCUGCACCGAGGGGUAAGUAAAAAGUUAGGGGCAUUUGCCCCGGGUACCACCUCGGCUGGGGGGGAGGAGGGAGGGGGGUCAACAAAGGGUAGGGGUUUUUUAUGUUACGGGUUUGUUUCUCCUUUAAGACAGAUUCAGCACCUUUUCUGCUCAUGUAUGGGGCCCUCCGUGUCUAUGACUAAGCGUCCAAGACAUGAAAUGCGUCAGGCAUGAGUUGUUUAUACAAAUAAAAAUGUCUAUUUUUACUUAACAUUAGUCUGAUCCAUGUGUGACCUAUUCGAGUGUCUUGCUCCAACAUUUUGCUUCCCUAUAUGUGGUUUGUCCGCUCCCUUGAGCUGAGGGUCUGGGGCAGGAGCACCUGUGCCACAUAUUCAAUUUGGUGAGUUAUUCUACUGGCGAUGUUUGAUGCUUAUACAUACAUGUUUGUUUUGCCCUCCGAAAAUCAGCCAGAUGUUGAUCGGGCAGGUCUAAAAAUUGUGUUGGGUGAGGACCAUGUUCAUACAGUCCUUGUUUCCCUGUCAUUUGGCCUUUGGACCAAGAGUUUGGAUCAAUCCAAUAUUGCCCUCCUCAAGGUUACCCACUAACAUUCUUUCAUCUUUAAUUUUAUUGGUUGCUAUGGGAUACUGCACCUGGGCAAACUUAGUGCCUUUUGUUACAUAAGGAGGAAGGUAUUUUCAUUAUGUUUUUUCAGGGGGCAGUUACAGAGACUUAAAAGCCAUGUUUUUGGGCUACUUGAAAACGCUUCGCUGAAAGAACCCAAAAUAGUCCAGUCUGACAUUCACCUAUAUGUGUGCCGUCUGCUGUACAUGUAUAUGAAUGCACGAAAGCCUCUGAAGAAAAACUGCUUCCGUUUCAGGGUUCUCCUGACAUUUUCAGCUUUUCUACACUAUAACCGAUGCUUCAUUGUAUCCGGUUUAUAAAGAAACAACAGAAAACUGAAAACUGCAUUGUAUUGUAUUGUAUUGUUUUGUCAUUUCAGUACAAUCCUGUGGGAUAUGAUUUACUCUCUAUUUGUGUAGUGCCGACAUGCUGUAUUUUAUAUGAAAUAGCCUGUUUUACGUGCCUAACGGCAGAAACAUUGGUUCUUAUUAAAGUUUUGAUUGUUACAAUG